AGCUGCCUUCGCUUUGCUUCCUUCAGCGGUGGAUAUAUAUGUCCAUGUCAAAAAAAUUAAUAAAAUUAAAUUCAUCAACCCAAUACCAAUGCCCGUUCUAAUUCCAAUUCCAAUUCCUAAUCCUAAUCCUAUUCCAAUUCUAAUUUCAGGAGCUAUAAGAUCACAUAAAAAUCCACAGGUACACCUCUGAUUAGACUCAAGUCUGCAGGAGUUAAGGCAUCUGCCUGCGGAAAGUUGGAAUGUGAAAGGCUGAAGAAUAAGCACUAAGCGUGUGGAAAAGAAAAUUGCCGUAUUUGAUCAAAAGACUAUUCCCUCUUCUUCGAUCACCCUCAAAAAUCAAGGGCCUGCCAUGGAAGAGUAUCUGAAGCUCAUUCCCACCACUGCAUCGUUAAUUUCUGCCUACUCUUCUAUCUCAACAUCCUUGGUACUCUUCAAGACUGCUUAUAAUCAGGUCAUGCCAAAACAGCUUCAAGAAUAUGCUGUCUCAAAAUUCAGGUACUGCUUCUCACGGAGCGCAUCUUAUGCCACUUUCAUCAUCGAGGACUUCUGGUGUGGACUUGGUCGUAAUCAGCUUUAUGAUGCUGCAAGAGCUUAUUUAUCUACCAAGAUUGGACCCCGGAAUCUUAAAAUCAAAGUUGGCAAGUUAGAGCAGCACAAGAAUGUGUCUGCUGCCAUUGUAGAAGGAGGGAAAAUUGUGGAUGUAUUCCAGGGCAUAGCCAUCAUCUGGUGGUGUGUCCAGGAAGAACAAGUCACCAAUAUCUGCAACACUAAGAAGGGCAAAGAAUAUAUGAUGCCUCAGGCUCCAAGCAGAAGUUCCUAUAAGAUCACGUUUGAUAACAGAUAUCGGGGAACAGUUCAGAAUGAUUAUUUGAUCCAUGUUUUGGACACUUCUGAGGCUUUGACACAAGGUGAAAAGGUUUUGAAGCUCUACUCUCGGCUUGACAGAUAUCAUGAAAGUGAAAGAUGGAAAUCUGUUGAGUUUCGGCAUCCGGCCACCUUUGAUACCAUUGCCAUGGAUCUUGAGUUGAAGAAAGCAAUAGUAGAUGAUCUUGACAGGUUCUUAGCAAGUAAAGAAUUUUACAGGAGAGUUGGCAAGGCUUGGAAGCGUGGAUAUCUUCUGUAUGGUCCUCCUGGAACUGGGAAAUCAAGCCUAAUUGCAGCCAUGGCUAAUUACUUGAACUUUGAUAUUUACGAUUUGGAGCUUUCCAGUAUUUCUUCUAGUGUAGAUCUAAGAAGGGUGUUGUUAAAUACCACUAAUCGAUCAAUACUGGUAGUAGAAGACAUAGAUUGUAAUUCGGAGGUGCGUAAUUGGUGCAGACCUAUGAAUGAAGAACAUCCUGUACCAUUGAAUUAUGCCAAUCCAUUACCACUCUCAAGUCUGCUAAAUUGCAUCGAUGGGUUGUGGUCGAGCUGUGGAGAAGCAAGAAUCAUUGUGUUCACCACUAAUCACAGAGAAGUUUUGGACCCAGCAUUGCUUAGACCUGGGAGGAUGGAUAUGCACAUUCACAUGUCCUACUGCACCACUCAAGGCUUCAGAGUCUUGGCCUUCAACUAUCUUGGAAUUCAUGACCACAAACUCUAUCAAGAAAUCGAUGAAUUGGUGGAAAGUACAAAGGUCACCCCUGCUUCUUUAGCAGAGGAGCUAAUGAAGAGUGAUGAUGCUGAUCUUGCUCUUGGAGAAGUUGUCAAUUUCCUUAAGAGAAAAAAGAUGGAAGAAGAUCAAACUAAAGAGAAAAAUAAAAGACAGAGGACUGAAUGAUAUUUUUAUAUAUAAUUUCAAUUGCCACAGUUGCUGCCAUCAUUGCCAUCUUUA